AUGGUACAAAGAGGAACGCGCAUAGGGCCGCUGCCUGGGGGUCGCCGGGGCGCGUCUGGAGCUGGCGCUGGACGCGGCAGCAUGCGGGCCGCCAGCCGAGCGCGAGGAGCUGUACGAUCACCUAGCAGCCCUCCGCAUCCAUCAUCCCCACCAGAAGGCUUGGUGUCGGCUGGGUCUUCUCGGACUCAGCAAGCGGCACCCGCCGCUGGUGGAGCACGUCGCAUGCGUUGGUCACAAACAAUGAACGCAAACGCACUGCGGGCGUACUUUAGGGCAAAAGGGGAAGAAACCGGAUGUUUGGCAUAUCGGGCUCGGAUGCAUCGCUUUUUUGCAGAGCUGGAGCCAUCUCUAUCCGUCACUGAGCAAAACCUGGCAGACCGAGUUCGGUACAUCCUGCGCUCCAACAUAUUUGGUGACGCCGAACUCGAACGACUACGACGUGAGGCUGUUCCCUCAUCGGAUGGAAAUGCUACGGCUGGGAAUGCGGCGCCACUAAUUGCGCAGCAAACUGCAAAUGUGGACGCUGCCGUCAAUAUUCCAUUUGUAGUUGAUUCAGACGAUGAUGGAAUAGUCCCCCACGAACUAGAGAAAAUGAGGAGCAUAUUGGAAGAGUCGAUGCUGGAAACGCGCAGCAUGCCUCUCGAAAAUCGACCGCGACUUCCCCGCAUACCCCUUAGCAAGCGAAAUCGGGCUGUCGUGCGGGCUCUUAACCCAAUGCUGGUGACCUAUUUGGAAGCCAGCCGGGACCUUUGCGAGACGGACUCUAUUCUUUUUGGCGCCGCACUGGCAGUAUGCCGUAUUAUUGGCGCCAAACUUCCCAUGGCUGGACGUGCUACUCAACAAGGUAGUGCCAUCCCAGCCUGGAGAAAAAGAAUCGAGGACCGUAUCGCAAAGGCAAGAGCCCUUAUCGGCAGACUGACAAGCUUCAGGUCGGGUAAUAAUAGACCGAGUUGUGCGCACCGUUAG